AUGACUUCCGACAAGAGCGGACGAAGAAGAAGAUCUAGCAGUAUCAUCUAUCAAGAGCCGCCCGAGUCGUUGGAACAGAUCAGUGACCAAUCCGCUCUUCCCAACCUCAAUUCGCAAUGGGUGAAUGCGAAGGGAGCCUGGACGAUCCAUCCCGUUCUCAUCAUCGGUCUCAAGAUAUUAUUUGACAUCAUUCCCGGCAUGACGCAAGAGAUAUCAUGGACUCUCACCAACAUUACCUACAUGGCGGGCUCAUAUUUGAUGUUCCACUGGGUUCGAGGUGUACCGUUUGAGUUCAAUGCCGGGGCAUAUGACAACCUGAACAUGUGGGAGCAGAUUGACAAUGGCGAUCAGUACACGCCUGCGAAAAAAUUCCUCUUGAUGGUCCCUAUCGUCCUUUUCCUGCUCAGCACGCACUACACCCACUACGACUUUACGUACUUCACCAUCAACUUUAUGGCUCUCAUGGCUGUUGUGAUACCCAAACUUCCCCAACUCCACCGUAUGAGAAUCGGUCUUUUCUCAGAUCCUCCGGACGAAUGA